GCAAACACAGAGGCACUCCAGGACCCAGUUGUUUGGGAACCACUGGUUUAAGUCAUUUAACUUUAUUUGGCUGGAGUUAGUUUAGCUAAUAAUGUUCAGAUUACAACACUCCCACAACUGACAACAAAGCCCUUGACGUGCGUAAACAUCAACAAUGUCCGUUAGCUAGCUGGACUAAUCACAUUCGAAACUCCAGCACAGUAGCCGCCAUGUGCCCAAAUCAAAAUGCUUGGGGACCUCUCUUUACACGACAUGGACACAAUGUAAAUAGGAAGCUCUAUUUAACUUAGGCCCCUCCCGACCCAGACAGCUAUCUUGCUAGCUAUGUAGCAUCUGUGUUGGUCAUCUAUCAGUGAGCUACCUCGGGUCGAUGUUAUUGUAUAGUGGAUUUAAACAUCAACUGACUGUGGUGGAGAAGCUAUACCAUUUGACAAGGACGACGGCAGCUCUUUGGAACAAGUUGCGUCAGGCAACCAUGGGGAAUAGCUGCAGUACCACGUUGGGAAUCCCCCCAGGAAAAGGUCCGAAUAAGGUGGGGUGUACGGACCUCAUGGUGAACCAUACAGUGCAGGGUUCUUUCUUCCGGCUUUACUACCCGUGUGUAGAGUCUCCAGAUUAUGAGAUGCCAUGUUGGAUACCAAGCCAAGAAUAUUUCAAUGGCCUUGCUGACUUCCUGAAAAUUAACAGAAGCCUGUCCGAAAAGAUCUUUAAUUAUCUGUAUGGAUCCUUUAAAAUACCUGCUGGUUUGGAUGCACCGUUUAAGCCUAAUGGAAAAUAUCCAUUAAUAAUCUUCUCUCAUGGAUUGGGAGCUUUCAGAACUUUAUAUUCAGCCAUCUGCUCUGAAAUCGCUUCCCAGGGUUUUGUUGUUGCAUCGGUGGAACACAGGGAUGAAUCUGCGUCUGCAACAUUUUAUUUUCAAGAGAAGUCUGUUCCAGAGGAACAAAAUCAGCUGGCAACUCCAGAAAACGGAAAUCUGGAAAAGAAGUGGAUGUACUACAGAUCUCUGGAACCAGGGGAAAGAGAAUUCCCUCUCCGAAAUGAACAGGUGAAGAAGAGAGCAGAUGAGUGCAUAAAAGCGCUGGAUAUUCUCACAGGGAUCAACUCUGGAAGCUCAGUCACAAAUGAGCUAGAGUCAAGGUUUGACUGGACUACAUUAGAGAAUUCGUUGGACAUGUGUCGAACAGCAAUUAUGGGCCAUUCCUUUGGAGGGGCAACAGUGAUCGAAUCGCUUUGCAAGGAACUCCGAUUCAAAUGUGGGAUUGCUUUGGACUCCUGGAUGUUUCCAUUGGACGAGGAGAUCUUCCCCAGAGUGAAGCAGCCAAUCCUUUUCAUCAACUCGGAAAAAUUUCAGUGGGCCGGUAACAUCAUUCGCAUGAACAAGCUGGACUCUUCGACGAUACCGAGGAAGAUGAUCACCAUCAGGGGGACGGUGCAUCAAAGCUUCCCGGACUUCACCUUUCUCACGAGCCAUUGGAUCGGAAAGAUCCUGAAGCUGAAGGGGGAGAUCGAUCCCCAAGUAGCACUGGAUCUUUCAAAUAAAGCGUCUUUAGCAUUCCUCCAGAGGCACUUAUCUCUUGAAAAGGAUUUCAGUAAAUGGGACACCCUGCUUGAUGGGCAAGAUGACAAUCUCAUACGAGGAACAAACAUAGACGUGCAUCAAUCUUCAAUGUGAAAGAAAAAAAGAGAGCCUCAAAUCCCACCAGAAACACCGGAUGCAGAAGAGAUUUUCUACCAUACCGGCUCCACCUUACACCUGUUUGUUAAACGGGGCUUGUCACAGAUGCUCGCUGGAUGUCCUAGUUUGUAUUGGGGUGUGAAGAAGUUUAGAACAUUUCAAACACAACAGGUCAGUAAAAUGAAAGGAAGUUUCUUUGAUACGUGGUUUGAAAGUAUAAGCACUGAUUUGGGAUGAACUUUUCGCUUUUAUACAGCAGUCUAGCCUACUCGUAGCCUAUAUAUCAUUGUACCUUUUCAUCCAUCUUUAGUUUCUGGUAGAAAUCAUGCUGUUGUACAGUAUUUGUAUGAAGGGUUAUUAUUGGGGUACAAAGCAUUUGUUUGGAAUAUUUAUUGCACUGUGAAUCCAGAGAAUGAAGUUUCCACUAGUUUGAAUCUUUUCUUCCAUCUAUCCAAGAAUUUAAUUUCUAAUUUGUAAUUAGAAUUUUAAAGCCAAGCAAUAAUCCAAAUUAAGUGCCUUAAAGUGCCAUGUACUUACUCUUCUAUAUUGUAGAUUCAACAAAAAUGCAUUUCAAGGAUUGUACUGGAAGAAAACACUACAUUAAUAUUCCAAUGCAUGCAUUGACAUGUAUAAUUAAAUAUAUUCUGUCCAACUGACAUCACCAUUUAUCAUUUGGAUUGAAAUGAACACUGGGCCAUGUGUUUUUCUUUUACUUUUUUUUUUAUUUUUUUUUUUAAACGGCAACUUCCCAGUACAUCUAAUUCUGCAAUAUGAAAAUGGUUCAAGAAGGUUCCAUUAGUCCUUGCUAAUGCAGACCCAAUAUAAACAGACUGUCAAUCUGUCUUAAACUCAAAGCCGUUUAAAUACCAAGUUCUGCAUUUUUUAUAGCUUAUCAUAAACUGUGAGGUACAACAUGACCAUAACCCUUGUGAAAUAUUAAUUUCGUUUUUUUGUUUUUUUUUUGUACUUUCAAGGUGAAUAAAAAGAUUGAUCAAUCAA